GGCCGUGUCGUCUAGCGAAAGGGCAAUGUUGGUGAUCUACUGCGCGAGCGAAUCAACAUAAAAGGGGUCGCCGCGCGAUAUGGAUUUGUCCUAACAGAUGACAAAGUGCAAGCCAGGCGCCGACUCUUUCGCGACGUAACUCAAGUCGCACUAAUGGCGAGGUUAACUCUGUACGAAGGAACGCCAGGAAUGGCAAUAAAGUAAACGCGAAGAGAGAAAUGAAUGCCUGGUUCUGAUCACUGUAGCACAAAAUGUGACACUUAAGUUGUUGCUACUUAAAAGCACUAGCAUACGCAAAAUGGAGAGAGUUAUACCAAUGAGUUGGUUGAACCAAAUACUAUUAGUUUUUAGUAUAGCAGCUGCAAUAUUGUCUUUAGUUAUACAAGGAUGGACAGACCUCUCACCUCUGCCAAUAUAUGUUUCCAUCUCUUGGGCUAUAUUUAUUACAAUUAUAUCUGUAUGGCUGAGUUGCUGCUUAUUACGUCUCACGCUGAAAGCCAACAGUCCAAUUGCUUUCGAGUUUGUGAACAAAUGGAUUUACAAUAGGCUAACAAACCAUCUGAGUUCAGAUUCUUCAAUAGACAAAGAUAAAAAUACCGAACAUGUCCCGAAAAGUGAUAGUGAAAACCAAAAGAACUCGAAUUCUGCACAAGAAGCUAGUGUUAAAUGUGAUAGUAAUACAAUCUCAGAAGAUAUCUGUAACAAGAUUCCUUCAAUAGAGAAAGAAAAGCUGAAUUGCAUGACUACAGAAAUUAAUACAAAGUGUGUAGAUAUUUGGUACAAGAAUAUAAGUAAUGACAAGUCAUUUACCGAUGAAGCUCAGGAAUUAUUGAAAAAGUUUUUGGUAGAUUUGUUUCAAAAGGCCAGUCAAAUUAAUAAAAUAAAACUUACUAAUAAGUUGGCCAAUGUUCUACUGUUACAUUUGAAGGAGUAUCGUAGGGCAUUACGUAGAGUCGAGAAGGGUGCUGCAGCGAGCGUGGAGGAAGCGUACAAAUAUUUGCAUCCCGGUUCUCGCAGUGCGUCUACGUUAGAACAUAUGCUACAUCGUUUAGUGACUGUUCUAGCAGAAGAGUUUUUACAGUGGGAGUUAACUAGUUCAUUGCCGUGCAAACUCCUGCUGUCUAUUUUAGCAAAGAGACUCUUAAUAACAAUAGAUACAAUAAGUUGCCCGGAGUGGUUGAUCGAGAACUUGUUAAGUUUUCUGGAAGCUCCGCCAAAACAAGUUUCCGCUGUUCCAGCUAAACAAGAUAUCAAUGGUACCAUAACUGUUGCUUUAAGUGACGGCAUCACGUCCGCGACAGCAGCUGUGAUCCCGCAGCAAUUACCGAAAUCUGUACCCAAGUCUAAUCCACCUACAAUCAUCACGAGUGAAGAUGAGAGCGCAACUGAAACGGCAGCUCCAGAAAGAUCGACUUUGUGUCUGGAAGGUCUCUCCACAGAGCACAGAGGCCUUUGGGGAGAUAGCAUAACGGAUCUGGAACUAGAAGAGGAUAAAAUAUCACCGGUGUACGAAGAGCCGACGGAUUUCGCUACGACCAUCGCUAGGCUCAGAAAUCUGCUGCAACAGAAAUCUACAGCAACCACACCAUUACAUGCCGAAGAAAAGUCCUACGUGAUAUACGAAGGAUGCCAGUUUACAAACUUAUCAAUUCCAUGGACCGAAUUUCAUACUGCGACGGACGGCUCGCAACAACUGUUCUACUGCAUACAAUUCGACGAUGUCGAGCAGCGUGGAGUAGAUCUGUUCGAAACUACUACUGCUACUGUCAGGAGGCAACAUUGCGAUUUCGUUCAGCUGCAUCUCAGUUUGGAAGAGAUUUCGUCGUUAGCGAAUGUUAUGUCGGAUCUGGUGUUGCCAGAUGGUGGGCGGAUUGAGCUGGAAACUUAUUUAAAGACCUUAUGUACACGGUUAGCGAACGAGUGUCCACCGCAACUGCGUCACUUUCUUCGACCGAGUAGCAGCGCAGGCAAAAAAGCGGACGCAAUUGCGCCUCGCUUGGAUCGAUUUCUAGCUAAGACAGUAACUGGUGUCUUCAAUACGCUGAAGACUGUUGUACCAGGCUUUGAACUAGAUCAAGAAGAAGAUGCUUUACCUCUACCUACUCUAAUGCCCUUGUCGGAUAUACCUUGGAGAUUUGUCGAAGAUAUAAAAUCGAAAAGUUUAGCCUCUGAACUCCAGAAAUUGAUCAAAGAAAGGACAGAGUAUUGUAUAGUAGACACAGCUUAUGAAGCGGUUGAUUCAACGGAAACCAGCAACGAUACAGAGUUAUUGGAUUGCUGGUGGGAGAACAUUAACACUUCGUAUGACGAUGAAGUGGACGAGUUGGAUUCCAAUUUAACACUAACGUGUACGAUGAUAGAUCUAAUUUGUGAGCUUUUAGCAGGGGUUACUAGUAACAAUACAUUGCAACAAGAAGCGGUCGUUAGAUGGACUAAAUUGCUAUUUGGAAAUAUUUCAGAACCAAUCCUGCAGAAAACGAUUCUCUGGUUGUUUGAUUCCCUGAGCAAUUUUUCGCUAGUUUGCAACGCCUCACAUAUCACGAGCCAAACUAAUGCUCAGUCGAAAGAUAAAUUGCUGCGCAUACUGGAAGAAAAGAUCUCGUAUGAUAUAAAAUUGAUAUUCGGUGAGGAUGAUGCACACAAAGCUUUGAAUUAUCUAUUGAAUUCAUGUGAAAUCAAAAAGAUCAACAUGGAUGUAAACAUGCAAAUGUUAGAUGCAUUAGUGUCAGAAGUUUUGAUUUCCUGUAAGACAAAUCACGAUGUUACGAAUUAACUCCAACUUUUGUUUAGUCCUUUAGAUAGAAAAUUACUUAGUGGUUUGCAAGACUCGCACAUUAAUUUAUUCUCUUAAGGGUGUUUGGGAGUCAUUAAGAUACUUAUAUGAAAAUAUUUAUGUUAAGAAAAUUGAUGUCAUGCUUUGAUCAUCAAAUAUCACAAAUUCCAAUUUUUAUUCAGACCUUUAGAUAGAAAAAUUCUUAGUGAUUUGCAAGAUUCGCACAUUAUUUUGUUCUCUUGUUGGUGUUAGGGAGUCAUUAAGAUACUUAUAUCAAAAUAUUUAAGUAAAGAAAAUUAAUGUGCCAUACAUUGAUCAUAAGAGCAUAUGUUGACUGUUUACAUUUCGAAAACCAGAUUUUUUAACAUGAAGACUGCGUA